AUGGAGACAUCCAGGCGGAUCAAAAUCAAGAAUAAACUUGCAACUUUACUGUCGAAGCUCAAUCCCUGGUCGAAACGAAGUGCAGGCCCUCCAGCCGGCCCUGCAACGCCAGUCACUACCGCGGUAGCAUCAAGAACAACCUCUAUCUCAGCUCAACAGCAUGACUUUGCUGUACCGCAGCCAGAUGUCUCCGGAACUGCCUCGUCACUGCUGCCGAGUCUAUCGCGGACCACAACGCCCAGAAUUGUUACUCCAGCACUGGCAGUGAAUUCCUCACCCACCAGACAGCAUGAUGCAGCGACUGUGGACGACCAUGAUCAAGAAAAAAUGACGGUGUCUGAUGUGGCUGCAGUCAACACUGCAGUCGCUAACGUUCAGUCCAUACCUGAAUCAACUGGUGAAAGUGAUUCGAGAUUCUGGGACGCAGCUCUAAAAAACCUACAGUCGAAAGAUGAAGCGGCAUACAACAAGCUGGUUGAGAGAAGAAGAAAAGACGAUGUUCUUGCUGAUAAUGUCUCCAAGGGUCUGAAGAGAUGCUUCGAAACCUAUGUGACGAAUCAUAAGGCCUCUACUCCUGGAAAACGUCGAGACUUUGUAGCGACUGAAAAGUUGUUUAUCAGUUUGGCAGCAUUUGAACCGACGAAAGCCGCAGCACUCGUUUUGCGAACUUUCUACUAUGUUUUUUCGGUCUCUAUAGGCCUUUCGGACCUGCAGCAUAACAUCGUGGAAUAUGAAGCGAAGGUAACACAUAUCAUUUGGGCUUGCGACAGAGACUCAAAAAAACACCUAGCAAAGAUACGCCAUACUUCGAGCGACCACAAUCAGGUGGAGAAGAGCCUGAUCGAGCUGUACGAAUGGAUUCUGAAGUUCGAGGUUUGGCUUGGGGAUAUUUGCAAUAAAAGUGACCUAAAAUCGGCGUUUUCGUCAGAAGCAAAUGCUUCUAGACUGAAAGAACUGCAAGCAUCGAUUGCGGAGAGUGAAUCGAGAUGGAAAUCGAACCUGGAUGACUUCAAAAAUACCGAAGUUGAGCACGAGAAGAUCUGCGAUUGGAUCUCAGAGCGACCUAAACCUGAUCUUGCGACUAUGUGUGAGCGUGUCAGUCUCAAGGACUUCCCAAAAUGCGGCCAGUGGCUGGUUGAUAUGGAGAGCUACAAAAGUUGGGAAGCGGGGGAUCUUGCGGUUCUGUGGAUCGAAGGCACUGUUGGAACUGGAAAGACAUCUCUCAUGUAG